AUGUCUAGCAUAUUCACUUCUGUGGCCGAGGAUGACCAUCAAUAUCACCGCAAGUCCGAAGGAAAACCCAAAUUGGACACAUCUUCUCAACACAAAACGAAAGAAGACAAGCUCGACUUGCGAUUACUCUUGAUAGAUCAUUACGACUCGUUUACCUACAAUUUGGUGGAUUUGUUGGCCCAAAUUUGUGUCCAUCCGCCUAUUGUGGUGGCGGCGGAUGGUGAGCUGACAUCGUCGGUCGAUCUACUGGACGGCAUUGUGCUGUCACCCGGUCCAGGUCGGCCAGAUCAGGCCCCUUUGUCAUUGGAUAUAGUUCGAAAGGCUCCCAGUAAUUUACCUAUAUUGGGGGUCUGUUUGGGACACCAAAUUUUGGGGCAUGUGUACGGGGCUAACGUCACGUUGGCACCAAACCCAAUUCACGGACAGGUGCAAGCCAUACGGAGGGUAAAUGGUGAAGAAAACGACGAAGAUCCCUUGUGGAAGAAUAUCCCUCAUUUUAUCAAUGUAACACGAUACCAUUCCCUUCAAGUCCUUUUGGACCACAACAAGGAAAGCCCACUACUGAUACCGACUGCUCUAGCCGAAAACGACAACGUUGUUAUGGGAUUACGGCAUCAUUUGCUGCCUCAUUUUGGAGUUCAAUUUCAUCCCGAAUCGAUUGGAUCCAGCACAUGGGGGCCCGAAUUGCUGCGCAAUUUU